AUGAGGCUAGUGAAGCGUUACCACGCACAGGUGGUGCUAUUCGGGAUGUUGGCGGUGAAUUUCGCUGUUCAACCCAGCACAGCAUGGUUCGAUAUCAGUAAAGUGUUAGAUACUGCGUCGGAUGCGAUAGGCAGCGCGAAGAAUGUGAUGAAAACAUCAUACAAGUAUGUAAAAACCAAUGGAUACUGUGCGUUUGCGGAAUGCUGCAAUGAAGUACACAUUCAUUCCGACGUUACAGAACUACGAAAUGCUUUGCAGAAAUCCUUAUUUGGACAGCACAUUGCUGGUCAAGUCGUUCUGAAUGCCAUCGGGGGACACUUUGAAAACAUUAACAAGUCCGUCAAGCCUUUAGUGAUGAGUUUGCAUGGCUUACCGGGAACGGGGAAAAACUUUGUUGCCGAACAUGUCAUCCGGGCACUGUACAAAAAGGGUGCAGACAGUAAUUUCGUCCAUAAAUAUCUUGGUAGGAUACACUUUCCGCUGCAAAGCGAAGUAGAAAGUUACAAGCAAACAUUACUGACGGACAUAAAGGUGGCCAUAGCCAAAUGUCCACAAUCGUUGUUUAUUUUCGACGAGGUCGAAAAAAUGCCGUCCGGACUGUUCGACGCGAUUGUUGGGCUGUUGGAUCAUCAUGCGUACACGAAGCAGUUGGACUUCCGACAGUCUAUAUUCAUCUUUCUCUCGAACGUGGCCGGACCGGAGAUAGCAAACCGGCUAAAAUACCUGGUAGAUGGCGGCCGUUGGCGUGAGGAAACGCAGCUACACGAUUUCGAAUCGACGCUGGAGAUAGCCUCGUACAAUUUGGUGGGCGGAUUGUACAAAAGUGAACUCAUCGAAUCGCAUGUGAUCGAUCAUUUCGUGCCGUUUUUACCGUUGGAACUGAGACAUGUGGAAAACUGCAUCAGAGUCGAGUAUAGCAAGUAUACCAACGAGAAAAUGAGCGAUGAAAUGCUAAGUGCUAUUGUCAAAGAGGCGAUCACGUUCGAUGAAACCGGUCUGUAUUCCAACAACGGAUGUAAGCGCGUGAGCAAAAAGGUGGAAGCAUUAUAUUACGGUCAAGAGCGCAAAAAACUGAAGAAAGAACUGUAA